CCACAGCAAAGCCCGGGCGGGGGGGGCAGGGAAGGGCGGGCGAGAGGAAGAGAGAAGGAAAGAGAGAAAAGAUGCCGUUUCCAAAACGCAAGGCGAGCCGAGCCGACGACCGAAAGCCGGCCCACGAACGGGAAGGAAGAUCCGACUUGUCGUCACGCGCCCUCCCGGCGACUCUCUCUCUCUCUCACCUCCUUUCCGGAAUUGCCCCUCCCCACCAUUACGCACGCGUCUCGUAUUCGUCACCGGCAGCCACCCAAACACCGACGCUAUUCCCCACCCCCCCCCACCCCAAAAAAAUCUCUCCCUUUUCCGCGAUCGACCGAAACCCUAGCGCCGCCGCCGCCGCCGCCGCCGCCGCCGUUGCUGCUCCGGUGAACGACCGCCGACGCCGACGCCGACGCCGGCGGCGAGGAGGAGGAGGAGGAGGAGGAUGGGGGACCUGAUCGAGUACGUGUCCCCGUCGCCCACACAGGGCGGGGGCGGGGGCGGGCACGGGCGGCCGCUGCCGGUGAGGGAGGACUGCUGGAGCGAGGAGGCGACCGCGACGCUCAUCGAGGCGUGGGGGCGGCGCUACGUCGACCUCAACCGCGGGAACCUCCGGCAGAAGGACUGGCAGGAGGUCGCCGACGCCGUCAACGCCCGCCACGGGCACUCCAAGAAGACCCACCGCACCGACGUCCAGUGCAAGAACCGGAUCGACACCGUGAAGAAGAAGUACAAGAUCGAGAAGGCGAGGAUCUCGUCCGGCGGCGGCGGCGGCGGCGCGUCGCCGUGGGUGUUCUUCGACCGGCUCGACGCGCUGAUCGGGUCCAGCUCGUCGUCGUCGUCGGCCGGGAAGAAGCCGUCGCCGUCGCCGUCGGUGUCCCCGCUGUCGCCGCCGGUGGCCCUGCCGCUGCCCUACAAGAAGACCUCGUCCGCGGUGGUGGCGGCCGUGGCGCUGCCGCAGAAGAGGCCGGCGGAGAGGGUGGACGAGGGAUACUUCAGGAGGAAUUACUCCGAGGUCGCGGCCGCUGCGGCCGCCGCGGGGGUCGACGACGAGGAGGAGGACGAGGAGGAGAGAGAUGAGGAUAGGGAUAGCGAGGAGGACGAAGGAGAAGGGAUGAGGAGACUGGCGAAGGCCAUCGAGAGGUUCGGAGAGGUGUAUCAGAGGGUGGAGGCUGAGAAGCUGAGGCAGAUGGUGGACUUGGAGAAGCAGAGGAUGCAGUUCGCCAAGGAUUUGGAAGUGCAGAGGCUGAAGAUGUUUAUGGAUACGCAGGUUCAGCUCGAGAGGAUAAAGCACGUCAAGCGCUCGGGCUCUGAUGAUGGCCGCCAUAUGCAGUCUACACAUUCCGAAUUCCAUCUCAGUUUCUGCUUUGUGGGAGGGGGGACUCUGGAGAAUGGAGUGGGAUUAGAUAUUUAUAGCUAGCCUUAUGGAAGUGACGCCAAUGUCGCCACCGUCGCGUCGAUCCCUGUGUUGUACUUAGUAAGUGCACACUGAAGUCCAGCUGCGUCGCAAAAUUAUAGGUGGAGAAGAUUGUCGGAGUAAUUUAAAGUUAAUUUUGCAAACCUAAUUAUCGCAUAGUUUUUCUUGUGCAAUUUCUGCCUGCCCUACUAGUUGUACUACCGUAACAAUGUGAGUCUGUUCUUUUUCUCUUUUCGUCUUCCUUUGAUUUUUCCCUUUCUUCUUUACUCAUUUUUCUUGUUAGUGUCGUCUCUAGGAAUCCCUGUUAAUGAAUGAUUUAGGUGAGUUCGACUCUUUAAUUAACUGUAGCUAGCGUUGUAGAAGGUACUGCUUCCGUCGUCAUUCGCUGUACGAGUCUGUCUUUGACCUACGCGAAAUGGCACCGUGAAGCUAGCGGCUGCCCGGUCAGUUCUGUGUUGCUCCGGCCUGUUCUUCAGGUGAGUUUGGGUCGCCGAGAGUCGGACACUUCUCCUACCUUGACAUGGAUUCUAGGAUGCUCUUGCAAGUGAAUUGGGAAAAAUGGGAUCCUGGCUCGGGAUCAAACCUACCCCCACUCACUGUUGUCGCGCCAUGCUUACUUCUGUCGACGGUCGUGUCGGACAGAUGAUUCUUCGAUGUCAUCUUCAUGCUGAUGCAUGUAAAAUUGAGAAUCCAGCCAUCAAAGCUACUCUGAUUGAAGAUUUGAUGUGUCCGCAAAGUGCUGUGCUCUCCGACAACACGAAGUCGUCCUCAAGCCACGACAAGUGAUUGUUUCCCUCUAGAAAUCGAAUUGUUACUAAUUCGUUUCGACUGCUGCAUUGGCUCUUAUGAUGAGUCCUUCGUCGCGAAAAACUGCAAAUGGUGACAUGAUUUUAGAGUACUUGCUUGUCACGGGGCUAUAUCUACCUAUCCUGUCUUCCAUGGGGGCCUAUAUUAGAGGUCGUGCCAUCGAAAGUGUCUGAACUUUUCUUCAAUGAGUAAUUCAAUACCUUGAAGGUUUUUCU